AUGGGCGCCAAGUUCAUCGGGUGGAGUGUUGAGCUAACGAGGAGUGAUAUCGCCGAGCUGAAAUCUUCACAGGAGUUCAAAGGAGCAGUGUGGCUCGACCUUUGCCGACGACACAACCCGGAGCGAUGGGUGCGAAAGUACUUUAUUUGGUCCCGAAAGGUUCAUGACCAGAGUCAUAUCGAAAGAGUCUACACCAAACUGGCCCAGAUCGCCGGGGGUUCGAAAGCUGGUGUCAAGUCGUGCUGGGAUACAGUUCGAAGCUCUCAGGAUGUUGACAGGCGCGACGGUCCGAUUGUCCAGGCGCAACUUUUCCCAGUGGUAUGGACAAGAUACCCGACAACCAGGCCGUACAUAUUAACGCUGCUUAAUCGUCAGAUCCAUGUCGUUGAACACAAAAGCAACUUGGAAGAACGAAACUAUGUUUCACUAUGCUAUAUGUUCCCCUUACAGUCGAGCCUGUCGGUUGAAGCUAAGAAAAGAGAUGCCAAUGUCGAACCUGAUGGGAUAUUGAAGGAAUAG